UCACUGUUAACGUAGUACUGACUGCGACUCUACGUAUUUUAGUAUGUGUUGUACAGUCGAACUAGGUGAAAUAGGUUAGUUGAGACGAAUUGUUAAUGGUAAAUGCUUAUCAUUAUAGCAAGUCUUACUGCAAUCAGUCGAAUAAGGUUUGCUAGGAUUACUUAUGUGGAUAGUAGAAUUUCAUCGACUUGUGUUUCUUCAUUGUACGAGUGUUAUAAUCAAAGUCCAGUGUCCUACGCCCAUCUUGUUUCCUUAUCAUGUGUUUCGUGAUAUUAGUGUGAGCUGUAAGAACUGGAGGAAAUUAUACGAAAGUAUAUUGCAGUAACGCUGGUAGAGCGUAUCCAAACGAUGUGUAUUGGUUCCUGACUGUAUACGGCGUAGCGUGGUUUGCACAUGUAAUGAAGAACUGACGUAUCUUUACGAAGUCAGAAACAAAGAUUUAGAGUGAUGGAUCAACAGCAAAUGAGUAGAAAGCAGACAGUCAAUUCACCGGAAGUGGCGUUAGCCAGCGAAGUAUUCGACCAGUUUUGCAAUGCUUCUACGUUGAAAUCUAUUCUGGGUUAUUAUAGACAUUUAUGUGAAUUAUUGAAGAUCCGACCGAACAUUAUUAAUCAGUUUUAUCCGAAAUUAAAGACAAAACUACGAUCGUGGAAGGCACAAGCUUUGUGGAAGAAGUUUGACCAGCGGGCUAGUCAUAAAUGUUACUGUCGCGGCAAAGCAUGUCCAAAUACGAGGGUUUUGAUUAUCGGUGGAGGACCAUGUGGUUUGCGGUCAGCUAUAGAGGCACAAUUAUUAGGUGCCAAAGUUGUUGUUAUAGAGAAAAGAGACCGAAUGUCCAGAAACAAUGUUUUACACUUGUGGCCUUUCGUCAUCCAGGAUCUACGAGGCUUAGGUGCAAAAAAGUUCUUCGGAAAAUUUUGUGCCGGUUCCAUUGAUCAUAUUAGUAUUCGGCAAUUACAAUGUAUCUUAUUAAAAGUUGCUUUGAUCCUCGGCGUUGAAUUCCACGAAAGUGUAAGCUUUGAUUCUCUGAUUCAGCCACCGAACAAUCAGAAGGAUGGUAAAAUUGGUUGGAGAGCAAAAACUUUGCCAAUAGACCAUCCUGUAUCUCAAUAUGAAUUCGAUGUUUUAAUUGGGGCUGAUGGCAAAAGAAACACAUUAGAAGGUUUUAAACGAAAGGAGUUUCGAGGAAAACUUGCUAUUGCAAUUACUGCGAAUUUCAUAAACAAGCGAACCGAAGCAGAGGCUCGUGUGGAAGAGAUCAGUGGUGUGGCUUUCAUUUUCAAUCAAAAAUUUUUUAAGGAAUUGUAUCAAGAAACGGGUAUCGACUUGGAAAAUAUCGUCUAUUACAAAGAUGACACGCAUUAUUUCGUUAUGACUGCGAAAAAACAUAGUCUAAUCGACAAAAGUGUUAUUCUGCAGGAUCAUGCUGAUACCGCAAAAUUACUCGCCAAAGAGAAUGUAGAUCGAGAGGCGCUUAUGCUAUAUGCGCGAGAAGCAGCUGAAUUUUCGACGGAAUAUCAAAUGGUGGACAUGGAAUUUGCAGUGAAUCAUUACGGACAACCGGAUGUAGCCAUGUUUGAUUUCACUUCAAUGUACGCAGCUGAAAAUGCAAGUCGCGUUUUGGAACGACAUGGCCAUCGACUAUUCAUGAUUCUUGUAGGCGACAGUCUUCUUGAGCCCUUUUGGCCAACCGGUUCUGGGUGUGCAAGAGGAUUUCUGAGUUCUCUGGAUGCAGGCUGGGCGAUUAAGAGUUGGGGUGCUUCGUUAUCACCAUUAGAAGUAAUUGCGGAACGCGAGUCAAUUUAUAGAUUGUUGGGACAGACGACACCAGAAAACUUGAACAGAGAUUACGCUGCGUAUACUCUGGAUCCUCACACGAGGUAUCCAAAUCUUAAUGUACGCGCUGUAACUCCGAUACAAGUAUGCAGCCUUCUCGACACGGAUGAUCCUGAGAGUGUCAAACAACCCGCAGUACAACCAGAGAUUGAUGUCCCAAAGAAACGAAGACGUCGUGAUAUGAGACUUGACACGCAGACUCAAAUUCAUCCAGAUAUAUUACUUCGCUGGCUGCAAAAACAAGUUGCAUUGUACGACAAUAUUCAUAUCGAAGACAUGGGUGUCUCCUUCAAAGAUGGUUUGGCAAUUUGUGCGAUUAUUCACCGAUACCGUCCAGAUCUAAUUGAUUUUUAUAAUUUAAAUACAGAAGACAUAGUGAAGAACAAUCAACUUGCCUUUGAUACACUGGAAAAGGAAUUGGAUAUAAAGCCGAUAAUGACAGGAGAAGAAAUGGCCCAAUAUGAUACUCCUGAUAAACUUGCUAUGUUUUCUUAUUUAACGCAAAUAUAUGAAGCUUUCCGAGGCGAGAUUCCAUACAUUAAACAUCCAAAACUGGAACAUGAAACGGAAGAUGGUGUUAUGCAUCCAAAGCAGUUAAUGUCUGAGCAAAAGAUUACGAAAGGCCGACGCUCCACACGACAUUUAAGUGAUAAUGUGCAACCUUACGUGGAUAAAAAAGGCGAUAUACCUAGUCGACGUUCCCGAAAAAGACGUAGUACAGAAAAGAUAGGAAUGACAAUGGAUGAAACACAAAAAAAGCUUGAUGAAAUCGAGAAACAUCGAAACGAGCGCAUGAAGAAACGACAAUACUUACGUCAAAUGGCCAUCCAACAAUUCUACAAAAGUAUGCGAAUGCUACAGAGCAACGCAAAACGCGAAAAAAAUGAGCCCUUUGAGGAUUAUGCAAUUUCAUUGUACCGCCAAACUGCACCCGAUUUUAAGGACCGAGUGAAAGAUUUAGAACAAAAAAUUCUUUAUCCAGAUAGAGAAUCCAAAAUACACAUUAGCUACCGAAGAGGUAGCGUGGAUGAAGACUUCUCGGGAAGAAUAAGAAAUUUUGAGGAUAAAUUAAAAGGAACAGCAUCCUCUGAGAAGAAACCUAGGGAUCUUUUACGUGCCAUUGGUAAAAUCGAAAAAACUGACUGGAACGUAAAGGAAAUUGAGAAGAAAAUCGAAGAAAAUAAGAUGGGCCGCGGUGUGCGCCACGAUCGUAUUGAAAGAGUGCCGAAAUGGAGUCGCGAGCAGAUGUGUAUAUGUUUUAUUCAGUUUUUAGCUCGGCAGAUCAAAAUGGAAAAGCGGGGCAACGAUCAAAAAGAUACUUACAGUAAGUACGCUGAUAUUGACAAUACUCUCAAGAGUAUAGGCAAGAAAAUCCAAGAAGGUAGUGCGCUUGGCUACAAUAAAGUUUCAGCCAUGGCUGAGCAAUUUUCAAAUAAAAAUCAGGAUGCAGAGCCCAAGAUGCAGAAAUCGAAAGUUAAACCUGCCAUCGCACUACCGGCCCAAGGAGGUUCGGAGAUAUGUCAUUUUUGCAAUAAAAGGGUUUAUUUAAUGGAGAGACUUACUGCAGAGGGAAAAUUCUUUCAUCGCGGUUGUUUCCGAUGUGAAUAUUGUUCCAUUUCUUUAAGAAUAGGAAACCAUACAUUUGAUCGGGAAAAGAACGGAGGACGCUUUUAUUGUACACAACACUUUGGAUUAUUAGGAACGAUGAAAACUAGAGUGGAGAAAAAGAAAAGUAAUUCGGUAAAUAAAGAAAAUGAACCUAAUACUGCAAUUACUUCAAGAACACCAGAAAAGGCUAAAAUAUCAUUGGAAAGUGUUGCUGGCUUAGAUCUUCUUGAUCGUGGACAGACUCCUGAGAGAAUAGAAUUUGAAAAUUUAGCAGGAAUUUUAGAUCCCGAAGAAGCUCACAGCCAAAUGGAUGAAGACGAAUGGACGGAUAGGAAUUUUGGUGCUUCUACUGCGGAAAUGGGGUCCAGUGAAGAAAUUUCUGAAAUAAGCGAUUCUGAUGAGGAUAAUGAAAUAUUCGAGGAAGCUAUAGAUCAACCGCUAACAACUGAAGGAACCCUUGAAUUGGCUAAGAAUUGGACAUUGCGUUAUUCCCAUCCAUAUGCAACAAUUGGACAAUCUGACACUGGUAGCAACGAAUAUGAAGAGUCUAGUGACGAAUACACUAAUGAAGAUGAUGAAAGUGAAACGGCGACCGAAGAUGAAGAAGAUGUGCGUGCACGAGAACUCCGAAAAAAAGAAGUAUGGUUGAAAAUGCCACCACGCAACUCUGACACUGACACCGGUUCGGAAACAGAGGUCGCAUCAUCAGAAGAUACAACGACCGAGGAAAGUGCAGAAAAUUCCGCAACGGAAAUCUCGACCGAUUCUGAAUUUGAACACGAUGAAGCAACUCCAACUCAGCACGAAAUACCUGAGAUCGCCAUAAACGACUCCUAUGUACGAAAAACAAGAGGCACCUAUGUUGAACCGAAGAGAGUUCAGGUGAAAAGUAACGUAAUUCCUUCAAUUGAUGAAAAUCUGAAGCAAAAGGAUAAUGGCGAAGAAUUUUUGCAAAACAAUUGUACCAAACGACACGAGCCAAAUAGAAAAGCGAACUGCAAUACUACCGUGCAGGCACCUUUUGAUACAAACAAUCCCAUACCAUUGUUUAAUCCGCGGAAGGGAGACUAUCUGUUGAAUCGUACUCACUCCACUGAAGGAAUUGCCUCAAGGCUUUCUUUGGAGCUGAAGAAACGCUAUUUGCUGGGUGGGUCAGGUUUAAGUGGCUCUGUCGUAAAAUCAGGUUCGACAUCUAAUGUGGACACGAAGCUGAGGAAUUUUACCGACGCAAUCUCACAACAUCAGAAAUUACUGAAUCCGGCGCCGGAACCCAGCCCUACGAUGCAAGCGUUUCUUCAAGGUACCAGCAAGCUGCGAACCAACAAUGCAUCGCUAUCUCCAUUGUCGCCUACUAUUUUACUUUCAAGACAGUUAUCCAAUGAUCGUUACCAAAAUCCAUCGUAUGACGUCACAUAUAAGCCAACAACUCUGAUGGAAACGCCCAAGACUCAGCAUUUACCUGAUUUAGUGAAGGAAUCGAAUAUCUUGAAAUCGAAAACGGCACCUAAUAUCUGCGGUGAAUCGAUGAAAAAUAGGAAGUUAGCUGAGAAUCAAACUUACAGCAGAAGUAAUAACUUAAUGAAGCAUAGCAUAGAAGAAAAGAAAAGUUCUCAAAACGUAGAAAUUAUUUCGGAGGAGAACAGACCACGUAGUCCACUUCACGAAACAUCGAUUGUCGUCCCUGAAGUGGAUUGGAGCAAAAACGGCAAAAAUAAAAGUGCCAGUUCGGACGAUUCUGAAAUAGAUAGUGAUUCAUUAUCUUCCUCUGAUUCGAACGAAAUAGUUGAAAACCGUAAACAUGUCACUGUAAAUUUUCCUCCGCCUAGAUUACAGAUUCACAGCAUUGAUGGUGAUCUUCUAUUGGAUGAUAGAGCCGACCAAUGCAAAAUCUAUGAUCCUGAUGAUGGUCAGACCUUCGAACCAGAUUCUAUCGAAGUUUCUUUUCUGCAAGACCGUCGAUUAUUCGAUCGACCACAAGAUAAUUUCGAAACAAUAAAUAAUAAUAUGGAGAGGUUAAAUCUUCGGGAUGAUACUAAAAGGAGCAAUUGCAGUAGUUCUGAACAUUCAACAGCAUCCAAUAAACAAGAUGACUCUGAAGAGAAUGACGUUACUACCGCAGUUUUUACUGAGACAGAAUUUUCGGAAUGGGCUCGCGACGAAGAAGUUUUAGUCUCUGAUGAUCUCUGCGAUGUAGUAGAGCUCAAUAUCGAUCCUAAUUUUAUUACCAUACGGAAAAAUAAUUUAUCGUCCUUGGUGAAGUUACCUUCUGCCCAUAUUAAAAUCGCCGAGGAGGAAGAUACGGAGCCCGAUUGUUCCAAGACUGACCAGAAAAUUGAUUGGGAGUGUAAUGCUACAUCUAAAUUAUUGACUAAUGGUGAGGAUAUUGAUUAUAUGGACACAGAUAAUGAAUCAUUGCUGGAUGAUAGCCUUCAAGACGCUUCCAAUGUCGCGAUGUUGAGAAACCGUGGCUAUAUUGAAUUCGUAAAUGUUAAAACCACGAACAUACCCACGUUGAAUAAACCAGUUGUUGACGCGCCGAUAGCAAAGUUGGAAUUGGAAAAUGACUUUUUAGGCGACGAAGAAGAAGAAAACUUCAAAGAUGCGAACGUAAUUGAGAUAGAUCCUAUCACUAUGGAAGAUGUGAUGGAUAAGCUAAACGGACUUGUGAGAAAAUCGUCGCCAGUGCAAACCGAAGCUAGAAAAGAAUUCGAGGAUGUGUUCAAAGAAGAUGCGAAACAGGAGCAAUUAGUGGAAGCAUUUAAUAAGAAAUUGCUCCAAUCAAUGGAGGAAGAUAGUCUGUUAUUGGUCGAAUUAGCGGAAGAUACAACCACCAGUGAGGUUGUCACUGUGCUUGCCAGUCCGAUUAAUCCUGAAAUGUCUAUAGUUUCUGGAGAAACGGCAGAAAAAAGGGAAGAAUUGAUCAAAACAGACAGCAGCAACCCAGAUUACAUGGAAUACGUAAAAAGAUUACAGUCCAGAAUUGCAGAGUUUAGCAAUGCGAAAGAUUCGAUUGAUGUAAGAAAGUCGAAACGAAAGAAUUCGAAGAACCUGGGGCAGGCAGGUGUCACAGAAAUGAUCGUUGAAGAAAAUAAAUGUCAAGAAAUAACAGCUGUAAAUGAUAAUGUAAAUUCACCAACGACUUCGAGGAAACUCGAAGAGAUAACCAGAGAAAGGUCAAAGCAAAAAAAUCUUAUCCAGGACUUGCUAAUGGAUAAACUUGAAGCUCACAAACAGAAAUCAGCUGAGAAAAAAGCCCGAAGAGCUGCCAGGACCUCCUCCACGGCGCUAUCACUGAUGAAGUCGUCCCAUUCCAUUGAUAACAAAUUUGUGCCUGCUUCUAUAAAAUCUUCCAUAAACAGUUCAAAUAAUACGACUUUCGGAGAAGCGAACAAGUCACCGACUCCUCCAGCCUCCUCGCGUUGUUGCGGACAACAUGAUCAAAAAGAACAUGAUAAAAAAGAAAUUCCAAUAAGGAUCGAUCAACCAAACCGAUCGAAGAUGGCGAAGUCGGCAACUGGUAGUAUUGAAAAUAUAUUCCAGACUCCGAUUAUGCCAUUAAAGUUGAGGACUGAACAGGCAAAGAAGAUUAUUGAAAAGUCCAAACAGGAUGUCAGAGAAUGGGUGAAAAUGAAAAAUGACGAAGAUUGGAAGUUAAAUUCUGAUGAUAAAAUCAGGGAAGUGAGAAUAAAAGCAACACGACGGCAGCUCUCAGUGGAGGACACGAGAAAGAUGUCACCGAUUGAAAAAACCAGACCGUACAGCUUUAGCGCGAUGGAUAACUCGGGACUGAAGUUACAAACUAGCAAAAGCACCGACAAUGUGAAAAACACUAUUGGUCAAAGCAACUUCGAAAAAUUACCGUCGAUUAAUGCAAAAUCAAUGGACGAAUUGUUAAAUAUCGCAGGUAGCUCGGAUAACAAUAGCAUAACGAAAAGAGAAAAGACGAAGUUGAAAGACCCUGAAAGAAGAAAGAGUAUCAUACAAGCAGUAUCAGAUUUUUUCUUCAAGAAAGAAAGCAAUCCACUACCUAAUCAGAAGGACAAGCUAUCGAUGUUCCGGCUAACUUCAAGGACAAAAGGAAAACUUGAUAAAAUGGCACCGUCAGGAUCCAACACGAGACCUAAAAGCAUGUCCGAGAGUUUCCUAAACGAAAAUUUUCUCAAUGAAAAUCUACCACCUGUGCCACCACCACCGAUCAAUUAUUCCACACAUACUGAUGAAGUAUCAGAUGACAGUUUGUCGGACGAUGACAUGGAAACAACUGCUUUAUCUACAUCAUGUACCCAAAAAGCAAUCGUAACCGAAGAAUACAAUAAAUUUCAACGUAAACCAAAGGUUUGCAAAAAAGUAGCCAGACAAGCACAAUUAAAGAGAUUGCGGAUGGCUCAAGAAAUACAAAGGAAAUUAGAGGAGACUGAAGUGAAACAGAAAGAAUUGGAAAACAGGGGAGUAAGUGUCGAGAAAGCGCUGCGUGGUGAAGGAGAUUCUUUCGAUCGUGAUGAAGCAGAUUUACUCAGAGAAUGGUUCAACCUUAUGAAGGAACGCACUGAACUACGUAGAUACGAAAAAGAGCUUUUAGUGCGCGCACAAGAAGUACAAUUAGAAGAUCGUCAUGAACGAUUGCAACAAGAACUACGUGAACGCUUGGCUGAUGACGAUGAUAAGAAGACUAGUGAUGAUGUAAAAAAAGAAGGAGAAAUCUUGACAGAAAUGUUGGAGAUUGUAGCAAAGAGGGAUUCCCUAAUUGCUCUAUUAGAAGAAGAACGACAAAGGUAUCAGGACGAAGAUCGUGACCUUGAAGCUCAAAUGUUGUCUAAAGGCCUGAGAUUAACACCAAUAAAGAAUUGCGGACCUAAAUAUAUAGUCUAACGUGGAAGUAACUUUUAUGCAUUAAUUCUGCACUAUAAUUUUAAAUUGCAUGGUAACGUUCGAAUGAAAUUACACGUAAUAAGAAACUGUAUAUAUAGAUUAGACAGAACGGUCUGGGGAGGAAAUAGGAAAUUUAUAUAAAUACAUAUAUAUAUAUAUAUAUAUAUAUAUGUAUGUAUAUCUCUCUUCAAAAUGUUUCUGUCCCUUUUCGAUAUUUUUUAAUAAAUAUAUCAUUUUUACAAAUAUAAUUGCUUUUUGUUUAUGUAAUAAUUAAUAAUCCGUAUUAUUACUUUGUCUCCAUAAUUUAAUUAUUUUAAUGAAAUAUAUUACUAGUUAUAGAA